GUUUCUACUAAGAGGCAUCUGUGCUGUAGCUGAGUGAACAACCCCAGUACCUCCGUCCCGCUGUCUGGACCUUGUCAACGAAAGACAACACCGUUACUAUUAUUGGGAUAUCAAUAAUCGUUUAUAACGUGAACAGCUUUUGCAGCAACUAUGUGGAUUUACAACAUUAUUUUUACUCUCUUAAUCGUCCGUUAUUCAGAGUGCAGGAGGAAUGCAUUACAGGACUACAAGAGGAGUGAUGGCGUGAGAUUGGUCCAACUGCCAGACUCUGCCCUCCAUACCAAAAGCAGGAAGUUGAGCAUUGUGAAGUGUGCCCGUGGUUGCAGCCGCAACAAGAUUCUGCUCUUCACCUGCAGAGCGUUCUUGUAUGAUCAGAAAAACAGGAAAUGCCAGUGGCUGUCGUUUGACAGGAACUCACCAGGAGUCCAAAGCCAACAUGACUUCAACUACCAACUCUACCAGAAGAAAGCCUAUGUGCAGGAGUGCAUAGUGGGGACAGGAGUGAACUACAGAGGGAGAAGGUCUGUAACGGCCAGUGGAAUCAGGUGCCAAGCCUGGGCCUCUCCUUUCCCUCAUGAACACAAUUUCCUACCAAGGAAGAACAGGAAGAAGGAGCUGACAAACAACUACUGUCGUAACCCUGACAACGCUAUUUCAGGACCAUGGUGCUUCACUACAGACCCCAACGUUAGACACCAGGUCUGUGGAGUACCUGAGUGCUUACAAGUGGAGUGUGUGAGCUGUAAUGGGGAAAGUUACAGAGGUCCCAUGGAUCACACAGAGACGGGACGGGAGUGUCAACGCUGGGACCUAGAGGAACCACACAAACACCUCUUCCACCCCAAGAGGUAUCCUGAUAAAGGCCUAGAUGACAACUAUUGUAGGAACCCAGAUGGACGUCAACGACCGUGGUGUUUCACCCUGGAUGCACACACAUCCUGGGAGUACUGCAACAUCACAGCCUGCCCCUCAGACAGUGUGGGAGAGGUAGAUGUGACUACCGGGUGUUUCCUGGGUCGAGGUGAGGGCUACAGAGGGACAGUAGCAGUAACACCCAGUGGGGUGACCUGUCAACGCUGGGACUCACAGUACCCCCACAACCACACUUACAUACCCCAGGACUAUCGCUGCAAAGACCUGAGGGAGAACUACUGCAGGAACCCUGACGGCCUUGACCUCCCAUGGUGCUUCACUUCAGACCCUAACGUUCGCAAGGCAUUCUGCACCAACAUCCUCCGCUGUGGCACACAGAAUACUGAACCCCAUGACUGCUAUGAGGGCAACGGAGAGAGCUACAGAGGAGAGGUGUCGAGGACCAGGUCAGGUCUUCCCUGUUCCCUCUGGAGAGACCACAGUUGGGACAGAGAUGCAGCGGUGGUGGGACAGGAGGCGAGUUUCUGUAGGAACCCAGACAGAGACACACAUGGCCCCUGGUGUUAUACUAACAGCACUGCUAUACCCUGGGACUACUGCAGCAUCAAACCAUGUGUACCAUCAAAGAACACCAUUCCACAGAGAGUGGAGGUGUCCAAUGUGUCAUGUUUCAUCCAUAAGACGACCAGGAUAGUAGGAGGAGCUCCAGUCGCCAUCACAGACGGAAGCUGGAUGGUCAGCAUACAGAAACGGUCCAGUCACUGGUGUGGAGGUUCUCUCAUACGAGAGGAGUGGGUCCUCACUGACAGACAAUGCUUCUCCUCAUGUGUUCCAGACCUGAGUGAGUAUCGUGUGUGGUUAGGUGUAUCAGACCUUCGUGGCUUGGCUCCUAACAGCUCCUUCAGACAGGAAGUCUCCAUCUCCCAUGUGAUCUGUGGUCCUGAGGGCUCCAACCUGGCCCUCAUACGGCUGGCCCAGCCUGCCCUCCCUGCAGACAGUGUCCACACCAUUCAGCUGCCGGUGGCUGGGUGCUCUAUUGUUGAUGGCUCGAUGUGUAGCAUGCAUGGAUGGGGUGAAACCAAAGGUACGGGUCAUGAAGGUGUACUGAAGGUGGUCCAUCUGCCCAUGAUCAGUAAUGAGAGGUGUAGUGAACAACACAGAGGGAACCUCCACAUCACAGACACCAAGAUUUGCGCUGGGGGGAAGAAGGACGAGGGCGUCUGUGAGAGGGACUAUGGCGGCCCCUUGGUGUGCCAGGAAGGAGAGAGCAGGGUCAUAGUGGGGGUCAGUGUCCAUGGCAGAGGCUGUGCCCGUGCCAAUCGGCCUGGCAUCUUCAUCAACGUCCCCUUCUACACCCAGUGGAUCCACAAGGUGUUCCGACACUACCCCGAACCUCAGAUCAACUAGGCACUACCCUCAGAUCAACUAGGCACGACCCUCAGAUCAACUAGGCACGACCCUCAGAUCAACUUGGCACUACCCUCAGAUCAUCUAAAUAUCAAAUACAGAUAAACCUUUAUCCCAUCAUCAAUUAGAGACUCACUCGACCCCCCUUGAUAUAGAUACACCUGUGGCUCAGUCACGUAAGGACCAACUGAGUCCCUGUGCAUUUGAAAGAGGGAAAGCUCCAGCCAUACAGAAAGAUAUCAAACGCAACUCCAAACUUGAUUCUGGAAUUCAGACUCAUGGGCUUCUAUAUGUCUUUGGAGUGGACCUGUGAAGUGGAAUGUAAUUGUGUUGAUCAGACUGCGGGAUCGAUCCUUUAGAUAAUAUAAAUAUGUAGUGUUACAGACAUGCUACUAAGGACAACAGAGGUGUGGAUAUGUGGUUGGCUAAACACCAUGUGCUGAAGCUGGUAAGGUUUGGAUGUUCAGGACUCAUAUUGUACACAAUCAGUAAGAAUCUGUAGACAAUGUGGUAAUAGGGGAGAGUGGGGUAAAUUGAGACACCCCUUGUUUCUAGGAAACCAUAUACAAAAUUAAUAAUGUGACCACAUUUUUAGGAAGAGGUCAUCAUUUCAUGGAGUCAGAAGG